AUGGGUAACUCAACUUAUGGACCGCAUCGUGGUUGCGAGAACGAGCAACCAGAAGAUACGCCUGUGAAUGGCAAUUCUGUGAACGGCGAUUUAUUCCAUCGAGACACACUCCUCCUAUCUCUCAUAGAAGCUCAUUCUCGCUUGCGGCCGUCACAUGUCUGCCUCAUUUCCAGCUCAGUAGCAUACGAUUUCACGAGUCUCUGGAGUUUAGUGGCAGCGAACGUCAGGCGGUUUUCCAAGCAAGGCGUCAAACAAACAUCAAGGGUGGCUAUAGUGUCGGAGUCAUCUCCUGCUGCAAUAGUGGCAUUACUUGCUGUUCUCAAGAUCGGAGCUAUUGCUAUACCUCUAAGCUCUUCAUUUCCCGACUCUCGUAUUCAAUCUGUCGCACGGACGAGCGGGCUAACACACUUGAUUGCUUUGACGGCCCUUUCGCAGCAGAUCAGCCUGCCAAAUGUUGACAAACUCAGUCUUGAUCUAGAUCUACAGACAGCAAUUUCAGAUAGCCUGCUUGGAUUCAAUUCAUUUCCAGAAGUAGAUCCUCAUGCACCUGCCAUCGCCGUGUUUACCUCGGGGAGUACUGGCGAGCCUAAAGGGGUCGUUCACUCCCACGCAAGUCUGAGUACAAUGGCUCUUUGUGUUGGCAAAGCCUUGCACUUGUCUUCAGACGAGCGCAAUUUCCUUUUCCCGUCUUUCGGCUGGGCCGUCAACAUUAUUGAUACUUUUGCAACGCUCGUCGCUGGUGCUUGUCUUUGCAUCCCGACAGAGGCUGAGAAGUCUCAGGGGUUGGAGGAUGCGAUAUGUCAAUUCGAUGCUACUCGCACUACUCUGCCAUCCUCCGUGCUGAGAAUCAUGGAGCCGGACGCCGUCCCGUCUUUAACCAGCAUCGUCCUUGCCGGGGAGCCAAUGGAGCCAGAUCUGGUCCUUACUUGGGAUUCCCAUGUAGCUCUGUACUGGAAUUAUGGCUCUUCUGAGACCCUUAUGGUACUAGCGGGAAGCGCUGUCGAGCGUGAUCGCGACAGGUUGAACGCCGGUCAUGCUCUUCCAUCUUGCCAUUGCUAUCUUGUUGCUGAUGAUGGCGAGAAGCUUCCACCCGGUCGCCCUGGUCAGCUCGUCGUAGAAGGCUAUACUAACUUCAUGGGCUACUUGCGAGAUGGUAAAGUCUGUAGUCCUGAGCAUGGACUGAGUGGACGGUCAGUUGUACGUUCUGGAGACCUCUUUGAGCAGGAUAGUCAGACUGCGAUAUUUGUUCACCGUGGACGGAUCGACUCUCAACUGAAGAUUUCUGGCCAACGGUUCGAGCCACAGGAAGUAGAAAUCAAGCUGUGGUCGGCUCUUACAGGCGUCAAGGAGCUAGCUGUCACAGUAGCCACGCUGCAAGGAAAUGCCGGACGUCCUGCUCUGGUGGCUGUCGUAGUCCUUGAAAACAGAAACUCCACCAAGGACUCUUCAAACGCGCGUCUUAUAUGUGCAUUCGAAAGCCUUGUGCACACUCUCCCACCAUACAUGAUUCCAAUCGGAGGCUUAGAAGUCGACAAACUCCCAAGGCUUCACAACGGCAAACUCGACCGGAAAGGCAUCGUCAACUUGGCAGAGCAGCGAUUUAUUGCCGAUUUAAUUGAUUUAAGACCUCCAAGGGAGAAUCGAACUAAUGGCCAUGACAUUGGUUUGACAAAUAAAGUAACACUGGUAUGGGCUAAAAUCCUGGGCUUGAACAUUGAAGAUAUUACGCCUUCCUCGAGCUUCUUUCUCAUGGGUGGCAACUCUCUUUAUGCCAUGAGAGCAUGCAAAGAUUUGAGGCAAGUUGGGAUUCUGAUGUCUAUUUCCGACUUCUUCCUCCAUCCAACAUUAGGCGAGAUGGUCCAUUUCAUUGCUACGCGAGAUGUAUCACAAAUUGACAGAGCUGAAACCCCGCCGCAGAGCCAAUUUGAUAUUCCUGAGAGUACCGCAAGUGAGCUCCGCAAGAUGGCGGCCAAGCAAUGCGGAGUAGAUGACGGACUAAUUGAGAACGUCUAUCCUUGCACACCGAUACAAGUAGGACUAAUGACACUCAGUGAAAUACAGGAUGGUGCAUACGUUGCAGAGCACAUUUUCCAGCUUCCCGCAUCUUGGUCAAAAACAACAUUCAUCAAUGCAUGGCUACAAGUCGUUAGUGCAAUACCAAUAUUACGGAGCCGAAUUGUGCGACAUCGGAAUGGAAAACUAUAUAAUGUCACAAUGCGAUUUGACAAAAUCAAGGCCCUCCCUUCGGAAGUAUUUCCGCACUCUGUUUCCAUGGCUUGUGGAUCUGAAUUAUUCCUACAUUGUAUCAGUACCAAUGAGGAAAACAGCAGCAUGACAUGGCGUUGGCGAGUGCAUCAUUCCGUGUAUGAUCGAUGGUCCACUGGCCUUAUUCUUGGAAUGGUUCAGAAAGAAUAUAAUCAACAGGAGGCGACAACCUCGACACCGUUUUCGCUAUUUGCCAGGGCUGUGGCCCAGCAAGAAAUAUCCGAGAAAGCGAAAGACUUCUGGCACUCCAAGUUAGAGUCCUUUUCCGGCACGGUUUUUCCACAGCUACCUCUCGAACAUCGUGUUUGUCGAGCUUCAAGUUCAAUUAACAUCGAAUUGCCAAUCCCAGAACGACGGUCUUCUACAACACAAGCAACAUCAAUCCAGGCCACUCUUGCUCUCCUAAUCUCAAAAAUACAUGGCGAGUCAGAUGUGGUCUUUGGAAUCACUGUUCAUGGAAGAUCAUUGUCCAAUUGUCCUGAUGCUGAAACGAUCGUCGGUCCAACAAUCGCAACUAUGCCUAUGAGGAUCCAGGUCGAUGGCCAUAUGCAAGUCCACAAAUUUCUCGAACAUGUGCAGACCCAGGCGGCGCUUAUGUCUGACUACGAACAUUAUGGUCUACAGAAUAUGAAGUCGGCUGGGCCAGGCUCGGCCUCUGCUGCCUCAUUUACAACACUCUUGAUUGUACAGUCGGAUUUGGAAUCUAGUGUUAAUUGCGGCCCUCUACAAAUUGUUGAGAUCAACACUGAUGGGUCUGAUUAUUACCUGGACUAUCCAUUCGUCAUCGAAUGCAUUCCAUCGUCUGGUGGAAUGACGAUUAAAAUGCUGUAUGAUCCUGCUGUGUUUUCCAUGUGGGAUAUACAGAUGAUGGCUAGGCAAUUCGAACAAAUAUUAAAAGAAAUACACUGUAACGCAGAGUUAUCGACAGCUAUAAGGGACCUGAAUCUAAUAAGCCCUGAAAGUACUGGAGAUGUCCUUCGCAUGAGCGGUGGUGACCUGCUCGAACAUUACGAAUGCCUCCAUGAGCGCAUAUUUGCCAAAGCAAGAGCAUGGGAAGCCGAAGAUGCUCUCCACGGAUGGGAUGGCAAAUAUACCUAUGCGGAGCUUCAUGAUCUUGUUCAAGUGCUUGCCGCACGCCUAUCACAACAGUUAGGCAGUUCUCGAGGAAAAAUUGUCCCGAUUUGUUACGAAAAAUCAACAGCCGCCGUUGUUGCAAUGUUGACUGUCCUGUCAAUGGGCCGCGCUUUUCUACUGCUCGAUCCAGUUCUGCCUGUUCAAAGGGUUAAGUAUAUGGUCGAUGUAGUGGAGGCCGACAUAAUAGUGUGCUCCCCUGAUACCAAACGCCACGUCCAACACACUGGGGCUCAUCUGGUUAAUUUCGAAGAAAUUAUGGACACUCCCUCUCUUGCCUCGGAGCCCUUGGAACACGCUCAGAUCUCGCCAGAAAUGCCGGCAUAUUGCAUUUUUACGUCCGGUUCUACUGGAUUGCCCAAAGGCGUUCUUCUACUACAUAAACAAGUUACGAGUGGUCUUGAAGCACAAUGUGCCGUCGGACUCUAUCCUCCAAAGAGCCGCCUACUUCAAUUCUCUAGCUAUAGUUUUGACACAUGCAUCGCUGACAUUUUUGCCACAUUAUUAAGCGGGGGCUGUGUAUGUGUCUCGAAGAACGAGGAAAGGCUGAUGCGAAUCUCCGAGAAUAUCAACGACUUCUCUGCUAGUGUAAUCGAUCUGACGCCUUCAGUCGCACGGAUGAUUGAACCCGAUGAUGUGCCGAACUUGGAAGUCCUUCGUCUUGGAGGAGAGCCAAUGCACAAACAUCACAUUGACAAAUGGGCGAAUCGCUGCAAUCUUCAGAAUACUUACGGUCCAACCGAAUGUUGCGUGCAAUGCACAUUCGUAGAUCACGUAGAAGAUACAAUGUCUCCAUCAGUGAUUGGAAAAGGUAUUGGCUGUAAUACUUGGGUUGUAGAUCCACAAAAUCACAAGUAUCUUAUGCCAUUGGGAGCCAUGGGCGAAUUGGCAAUUCAAGGCCCUGCUGUUGCCAGUGGCUACAUCAACAACAUAGAAAAAACAAAGGCCUCCUUUCUCUCAAAGGCACCUUGGUUAGAUACUUACAACAUUGCAUGCAACUUCCCGACAUAUCUUACGGGAGAUCUAGUGAAGUUCGAUGAAAAUGGAAAUCUUGUCUUCAUUGGGAGGAGAGAUAAUCAGAUUAAAAUCCGAGGCCAACGUAUCGAACCUGAGGAAAUCGAGCAUAUUCUCCAGCAAGAUCAGUUUACUAAACAAGCAGUUGUAUGUUACCCAUUAAAGGGUGUUCUCGCAUCGCAGCUCGUCGCUAUCCUCGAGCCAUCUCACUGCAACCCCUGUUCAUCACCAUCAUCAUCAUCAUCGGUAGUUGUCAAAGGGGUGCCAUCACCUGGAUGCACUGCUGAAUGGAUGGAAAAAAGUGCCCAAAGGGCAACAGAGUUCCUCCCGCAUUACAUGGUUCCCACGGUGUACUUGUUGGCUGAUAAAACAUUACUCAUGUCCUCUGGCAAGCUUGACCGUCGAAGCAUGCAGCAAUGGCUUGAACGGAUCUCCGUGGACGAGCUCGACUCUUUGAAUGCAUACCAGAGAACUGAGAUGUCAAACUCAACCACAUCGUCGCCUGACCUACCAGAAUCGCUAAUACUACCAAUCGUUGAAAAAAUCAAACAUCUACUCUCAUGGAGAUUAGGUACCUCACAAGGAAAUGUCAAAACUCGACACUCGUUCUCCCGUAUUGGCCUUGACUCCAUAACCAUAAUCUCUCUUUUGCAAUGGGUGAACAAGACUUAUCAAGCGCAGAUGGACAUGCAGACAUUACUGAGACUCGAAACGGUCCACAGGCUCGCGUGUCACCUCCAUGGGAGAGAAGCGCAAGCAGUAAAUCAAAAUGGAUUUGGCGGGGAGCACAACUAUUUUGAAGAUAUCAUUGAUAAGGGAGUACAGCAACUGUGCUCCGGCUACCAAUUCGAUCCUCCUCGGAGGAUUCUCCUGACGGGAGGUAGUAGCCCGGUCGGUCUCAGUAUCCUAACUGGGCUUCUGCAUCGGUUUUCAUCAACUCGUGUUGUAGUGUUGAUGCGGUGCGUCAAUUCAGCAAUUGGCAAGGAGCGUCUACUCGCAAAACUUGGCCUUUUAAGCUCAUGGAGUAAUACCUUUGCAGACAGAAUCGAGGUCUGGCCAGGGGACUUGAGCUGUGAUGAUUUAGGCCUUUCUCCUUUACAUUGGUCACAGCUCAGCGGCCGCGGAGAUUCGUCUGCCCAUCUGGAUGCGGUCAUACAUAACGGCGCUACUGUCGAUUGGUUCGAAGGGUUUCAGGCGCUUAAAAAGGUCAAUGUGGAUGCAGCGCUCAAACUCGUCGAAUGCGUGAGGGAUUCCCCAAGUACAACCCGUCUUGUCUACAUAUCAGGGGGUCCUCAGUGGGAUCCUGAUGAGCCAAAGGGAGUAGACCUCAAGGGAUAUGGACUGGGAAAUGCCUUUGCACGAUCGAACGCAUAUGGCCAGACCAAAUUGAUCACCAGUGCUAUCCUCCAGGAAGCAGCAAGCCGUAACCCCUAUUUAGCGGCCAAAGUUGCCGUCAUCCGGCCGGCGUUGAUAAUUGGAUCCUUGAAGGAUGGUGUGCCAAACAUCGACGAUUUCAUCUGGCGGGUAGUAAUGGGCUGUUAUUCAAUCGGUGCUUUUCCUCAAGAACCCAAAGAUGAUUGGGUUUACCUAUGUGGUGCUGAUACCUUCGCGGGCAUGGUGAUUGAGAGCCUUUCCGCUCCUCCCGAAAUCUUCGAGAGAAGGGUUGACAACGGUCUUCCCGUUGUCAAGUUCUGGCAAGUAGUUAAUGAAGAAUUGCAAGGGCAGCUGGACUGCAUGGACUAUGACACAUGGCUGCAACGCCUGAGAAAGGAUAUAUCGACACAUGAACUUGGGGGCACUGGGAACCAUCCAUGUCAACCUAUCUUCCAUAUGUUGGAGUCAUCUCCCAAUGUCCUAGGCUCGUCAGCUCCCCGGUCCGUUGAUCUAAAAUGGCGCCAACAAACGGAAGAAGAGUGUGCACUGGUUGUAAAAAGAAAUGUAAGGUAUAUGGCGGAGAUAGGUUGCUUUUCAAAAGAAGAGUCGGUAUGGUUGACAAGAGUAUUCAAUCGUAGCAAGUUACGGUAG